AAUCAGGAUACUUAUGCGGUCACUGUUGAGAAAAUACUUGGGAAACUGUAAUCUGCAGAGAGACUACAGAAAUUAGUUUUUUGGAAAUUAUAUCAUAAAUAUGAGAAGCUCCAGAGUUGUGGCUGACUUUUCAUUAAUGAGAUUAUCAAGUCCAGUACUGCAUAGAGAGGAAUGCUCCUGCAAGCACUCCAACUUGUUGCUAGGAACAGAGGCCGUGGGAGUCAAAGAGGUUAGCCUCACUAUUGAAGGCGGAGAAGUUCAGGACCGCCAGGAAGCUGCAGCAGCAGCUUGUGAGUGCCUUUCUAGUAGGGACGGGUGUUAUGUUGAUGAUCAGUGUCAUCUUCCUGGUUGCUGGACGAAUAGAAAUCAAGACCAUAUUUUUGGGAUGGUACUCUCAGUAAUUUCUUUUCUGCUAACAUUCAGCGCAGUUGGUGGCUUCAUAUUCACGCAGGUGCUCACUACUGUUGGAAGACAUGAUCAAAUUCUCAAGCACAGUUUGGUAGCUUUCAAUAUGUUAUUCGCUGCAUCUUUUGGCUGUAACUUUCUGGCCGCUUUCAUACUUUUCAUGCUCCAAUCUCGCCGUGAAUACAUCCCGUAUAAGAACUUUAGCCUUAUCAUAAGCAAUACAGCUUCGUUCGCUUUUCUAAUACUUGGUUACGGCUUCGUUAUAGCUUUCAAUAUCCAACAUCGUUGAGCCGUCCUACUUUGUAACCAUGGAUUUUCCUUGCA